GGCACUAAUCUGACAAAAGGACGGUGUAAAUCAACAACAGCACAACGAUUUUGGAUAACUGCAACUAAAACUGUUGGGACUUGGGGAGCAAAAAGGGAACUUUGCCUGAAUCUCAGGCGGCUGCAUGAGAAAGAGAGUUGGGAGGACACACAGGCAAAAGGGCAAGAGGAACGCACCAAGGAGGUGAGUGGCGGAUUUACCCUCGGAGGGGUAAAAAGAUGACUGUGGUGUCCCAGGAGAACCACGACGACACUGUGGUCGUAACUCCUUUGUUACAAGAUGCUGCUGACUUGGAACCAGCGGACCAGGAGUGCAGCGAAAGGGUGGUCAUCAACAUCUCGGGUCUGCGUUUUGAGACGCAGUUAAAAACACUCUCCCGCUUUCCGACCACGCUUUUGGGAGAUCCGCGUAAAAGGAUGCGCUUCUUUGACCCGCUGAGAAAUGAGUACUUCUUUGACAGGAACAGGCCGAGCUUUGAUGCUAUUCUCUAUUAUUACCAGUCAGGAGGGCGGCUUCGGAGGCCCGUAAGCGUACCUGUGGAUAUUUUCCUUGAAGAAAUUAAGUUUUAUGAACUUGAGGAAGAGACCAUAGAGAGUUUCCAAGACGAUGAGGGCUUGGCGAGGGAAGAGGAACGCCCGCUGCCUACUAACGAGUUUCAACGCCAGUUUUGGCUCCUGUUUGAGUAUCCAGAGAGUUCAGGACCUGCACGGAUAAUUGCCAUUGUGUCAGUCAUGGUUAUUUUAAUAUCUAUUAUUAUAUUCUGCUUGGAGACGUUACCCGAGUUUAGGGAAGUCUCUGUAGUGUACGACAAUCCCGCCAAUGGGAGUGCUCACGGCAAAGCGCACAGUCCGUUCACAGAUCCGUUUUUCAUGGUGGAGACACUUUGCAUUGUGUGGUUCUCUUUUGAAUUCACCAUGAGAUUCCUCUCCUGUCCCAGUAAAGCAGCUUUCUUUAAAAACAUCAUGAACCUGAUCGACGUUGUGGCCAUAGCUCCUUAUUUUAUCACCCUGGGCCUUGAUCUCGCAGAGCAUCAGGGCAGCAGUCAGCAGGCUGCGUCAUUGGCCAUACUGAGGGUCAUCCGUCUGGUCCGUGUUUUCAGGAUUUUUAAACUUUCUAGACACUCCAAGGGUCUCCAGAUUCUCGGCCAAACGCUUCACGCAAGCCUCAGGGAGCUGGGACUGCUCAUAUUCUUCCUAAUUAUUGGAGUUGUUUUGUUCUCCAGUUCUGUUUAUUUUGCAGAAGCAGAAGACCCCGACUCUGGAUUUUCAAGUAUACCUGAUGCGUUUUGGUGGGCUGUGGUGACAAUGACCACCGUUGGAUAUGGAGACAUGUAUCCCUCCACCAUCUGGGGGAAAGUUGUUGGAUCUUUGUGUGCCAUUGCCGGAGUGCUAACCAUAGCUUUACCUGUCCCAGUUAUAGUGUCAAAUUUCAAUUAUUUCUACCACCGAGAGAACGAGGACGAGGAAAAUGUUCAGUACAUACACGUGACUUGCGGACAGCAGCAGCUCUCCUUUGGUGAAUGUGAUUCAAACAAAAGUAACCAGUCGCUCUCCAAGACUGAGUCCUAUCAGGAAAGCGACGACUUGGAAACCUUGACACUUCCAAACGUAGACCCACCGGAGACAUACACAGGGAAACUGACAGAUGUAUAAAACAGUUGGAGGUUGCUUUUAUUUCUGGACACAGACGAUUAAGUGAAGCGUGUGUGGGAUUCUCUUCUUCUCCCAAAAAAUUGGAUACAUUUCUCAUGGGAUAUUCGUGCAUUGCCAGUGUUGUAGCCUACAGAGACCUCACGGUGGAAACGCUUGGAAAAGGUUCAGUCUGACUUAAUGGAAAUUGUGUGUAGGCUAUAAUCAGUAGAAGAAACAACAACAUUCUUUUGUGUAGGCUUUAUGAAUGACCACGCUUUAUUUGUAUAAAAGCUUGUGUAUACUGCGUUUUUUUUAGAAAUUCUGAAUUUUCCAUUUUCUUAUGCAGCUUAUUAUGCCAAGUUGAAAUCGCAACUUACCUCUGUGUUGUUACAAACAUUCAAACUUUAUUGGAGCUCGCUGUAGACAACAACAUAGCCCAGCACAUUACGAUGCAACGUCUGCAUGACAUUGAUUCAUAGUGAAUUUUAAGUGUAAUAAAAUAUUUAUUUUUCUAAUUUAAACA